UUCAAAUAAAUUUCAAAUAUUUUUAAUUAAAUCGUUUUUUUUUCUUUUCAAUUGAUAUUUUUCAAAUCUGCUAUACGUCAAUUUGCGCUAAAUUAUGGUAAAAAUAACGAAAUCGAAUGAGAAAGAUAGUGAAUCCGCAGGAACGCGGAACGUUGGCAAGAAAAAAUUACUUAAAACCCCCAACCUGCCGGAGAAAAAGAAGCAUAUUAACAAACCAUCGACCAGUAAAGCGAGUGCAACGAAGUCGCGUUUGCAACAUGUGCCAAACAAUUAUGAACGUUCAUCGGUGAGCAAGAGUAGCAGCCAAUCGCAAUUAUUAAACACGAAAAUGUGUAAAAAAUCGGCGAAACAUAAUCCGAAGCGAACAACUGGCGGCAGCGAAAGACAUUAUAUUAUACCGCGACCGGAUGUGUUGCAUACAUAUUUAUCGCAUUGCGAUAUUAUCCAAUAUUUGGACUUUGUGAAAUCACGUUUUAGUGAUUCCGUCAAAAUCCAUACAAUCGGUUAUUCAUAUGAGAAACGUGCAAUCAAAGCCAUCGAAAUUGAUUGGAUAAAUGAUAGAAGAGACGAGAAGGAUGUAGAGUCAAUUUCUUCCUCGGGAUUAUCACUAGCGGGCCAGACAUCAAGCGAUAGACGUAAUACAAUAUUUAUUGAGGGCGGUACGCAUGCCCGUGAAUGGAUCUCAAUAUCGGUGGCUUUAAAUUGCAUCUAUCAAUUGACCGAAAAGAAUCGAAGACACCAGGAUUUAUUGGGAAAGCUACGCUUUUUUAUAGUACCAUUAGUUAACCCUGAUGGAUAUGAAUACACAAGAACAACGAAUCCUCGUUGGCGCAAGAAUCGUCGUCCCCAUAGCGAAGAGAAACAUGUGGGAACUGAUUGUAAUCGGAAUUUCGAUUUCCAUUGGGACUUGAACUCAAGCAAAGUUAAACGUAACACCUAUCAAGGAGAAAAACCAUUUUCGGAGCCGGAGACAAGAGCCUUGGCGAAAAUUUUACAUCGUCUUUCACCACAAUUGCUAUUCUUUUUAUCAUUGCACUCUUAUGCCACCACUAUAAUGUAUCCUUGGGGCUAUACAAGGGUAGAGCCUAAAAAUGCUAAAAUGCUUGAAAACUUGGCAAUUACUGGCAGUAGUGCUAUUAGAUCAUCUAAAGGCCGUUAUUAUCGAGUGGGUACAAUCGCCAACAUCACUAAACGGACUAUAGCCGGAUCGGUUGUUGACUAUGCGUACGGCGUCAUCAAAGUUCCAUUGGCAUUGGUCAUGGAAUUGCCAUCGAGUGAAUAUGGCUUUCAGCCACCAUCUCAAGUCAUCAGUCAGUUAGGGCAUGAAAGUUGGAUUGGCAUUAAGGAAAUGUGCAAACAUGCUUUCUCUCUCAAGGCCCAAUUGGAGGAUUUAAGAAAAAACAAAAAGAAAGAAUUGCCAGACGUAGCAGAAGAAACUGUUAGCGAAAUCCGGAUACACAAGCCCAAGAUCGAUUGGCUCAGAGAUGGAGAAUAUAAUGUAAAAAAUUUCGAUCUUUACGAAGAUGUUCAAAGUAUUUCGAAAAUUUGUCUAUCAACCGCCGUAGAUUAAAAUUAAUUGCAUUUAUUGGUUUUCGGUAAUAAUGAUCCACUUCAUAUUUAAUCAAUAUAUACGGAAAUAAAAUAUUUGCAAAUACUUUUUAAAUCAAUGAUGUUUACUUUUUAGUCGUAAAUUCAUACAUAUUUGCUUACAAAGACAGAAAUAAUGAA